CACAACGGCAAAAAACAAAUAUUAAUUUUCCCCCAAGAGACGAAAAUAAAGUUUUGAUCGGGAGUUGGACCGGUCGAUUUCUCUUUAGUAUUAAACGAGCGUUCGCGCAAUCAAAGUAGUGAUCAGUUUUCUUUGACGAAAAUCAAACCUUCAACAAAAUGAGUUCCGCCAGCUCAGAACCAAAAACCUGCGCCUCCUGCAAGGAAACCAUCACUGCAGGCGUGUUGACUGCUCUGGGCAAGUCGUGGCAUCCCGAGCAUUUUUGUUGUAACUCAUGCAAAAACCCAAUAACCGAAAGCAAAUUUCACACGCACGAAGAACAGCCAGUUUGUAACAAAUGCUUCGUCGAAAAGUACACCGAAAAGUGCAACGCUUGCGGAGAGGCCAUAACUGAUAAAGUCCUCCAGGCGAUGGGCGUCCACUGGCACGAGGAUCACUUCGUGUGCGGCGACUGCAAGUCUAAAUUGAUCGGCACCAAGUUCAUGGAAAUCGAAGGCAAACCCUACUGUCUCAAGUGCUACACCGACAAGCACGCCGCCCGUUGCAAGGGCUGCGGCAAGCCGAUCGCCGACAAGGCCAUCGUCGCCUUGGACGCCAAGUGGCAUCAAAUGUGCUUCAGAUGCGCGAAAUGCGAGAAACCCAUCUUGAAAGAUCAGUCCUACAAGCUCGAGGGUGACAAGCCAGCUUGCGUCAAGUGCAACUAAGGAAGCGCAACAUUUUACACAGUUAACAUUUUUUGUCCACAUUAUAUUCACAUUUUUUAUAAAUAUAAUCCCCCACCCCCACGUUAUAUAAUGCCUGCGGUUAUACACCUUGUGCUUAAUUAAUAAAUAAAGACAUUUGCACCACGA